AGGAGGGAGAAGGGGGGGAAACCGGAUAUGCGCAUGCGCGGGGAAGAAGCAAAACGGCGAUUUGGUUGCUGGGAUCUGGCACAGGAGGCGGGGCGGCGGCCGACGUUGUCGACGAGGACGACGGCGGCGACGAAGAAGUUGUGCCGCUUCGGUCUUGGUGAGGCGUGUGGGCUCCGGUGCGUCUCUUUCCGUGAGCGGCCUGAAGCGUCGUCGUUGUCGUCACAGGCGAAGGCGAGGCGCCCUUUCCUCGGUCCGGCGGGUGCCCAACAGAUUUUCUUGAUGGAUAUGUGUCUUCACCUUAAUCCAGUUGUUAAUAAGAAGACUUUCUUACAUUAUAAUGGAUUUUAAAUGGUACCCUCAAGAAGACAAGCUUUAUAAUAAAAUUUAUGUCUGAGAAGUGGUACAGCUUAUUGCACACAACAAUGACAACCUCUCAUAUGAAUGGACAUGUAACAGAAGAUUCUGAUAAUGAAACAAAAAAUGUGGAUCUUCCACCACUUGAGGAACCUCAAAAGCAUAGAGAAAUGGCUGUUGACUGCCCUAGUGACCUGGGUACCAGGAUGAUGCCAUUGCGGCGGAGUGCUCAACUUGAGCGAAUUCGACAACAGCAAGAGGAUCUGAGGCGAAGAAGGGAAGAAGAAGGAAAGAAACAGGAACUAGACCUUAAUUCUUCUAUGCGCCUGAAGAAGUUAGCUCAGAUUCCUCCCAAAACUGGCAUAGAUAACCCUAUGUUUGACACAGGUGAAAGUGUUAUUUUGGAGAGCCCACAUUGUGCUGUGAAAGUCCUAGAGGUUGAUGAGCUUCUGUCUUCACUUAAACAUGUUCAGCACACUCUGUUAGAUCCCCAAAGUCAAGAGGAAAUUGCUCUAAUUUUACAGCUUGUGCAAAACACUGACUUUCAAAAUGCAUUUAAGAUACACAAUGCUGUUACUGUGCAUAUGAACAAAGCCAGCCCUCCAUAUCCCCUUAUCUCCAAUGCACAAGAGCUUGCACAAGAGGUACAGAGUGUUUUGAAACCAAGCCAUCAAAAGGAUGGAGUAGAACUUAAUUCAUUAUUGAAUGCCCCUCAUAUUCAGGCACUGCUUUUGGCUCAUGAUAAAGUUGCUGAGCAGGAAAUGCAGCCAGAACCAUUAACAGAUGAAAAGAUUUAUGAAAAUGUUGGUCUUUAUGGAGGAGAGACAGUUAAAAUAGUUCGUAUUGAGAAGGCUCGGGAUAUCCCUUUGGGUGCUACAGUACGCAAUGAAAUGGAUUCAGUCAUUAUUAGUCGAAUAGUGAAGGGAGGUGCUGCAGAAAAAAGUGGCUUGUUGCAUGAAGGUGAUGAAGUUCUGGAAAUCAAUGGAAUUGAAAUUCGUGGGAAAGAUGUUAAUGAAGUCUUUGACUUACUGGCAGAUAUGCAUGGUACUCUGACGUUUGUACUGAUUCCUAGUCAGCAGAGCAAACCACCACCAACUAAGGAGACUGUGAUUCACGUGAAAGCUCAUUUUGAUUAUGAUCCAUCUGAUGACCCCUAUGUCCCUUGCAGAGAGUUAGGACUAUCCUUUCAAAAGGGAGAUAUACUUCAUGUGAUCAGCCAAGAAGAUCCAAAUUGGUGGCAGGCCUACCGAGAUGGAGAUGAGGAAAAUCAGCCUUUGGCGGGGCUUAUUCCAGGAAAAAGUUUUCAGCAGCAAAGAGAAGCUAUGAAACAGACUAUAGAGGAAGACAAGGAACCAGAAAAAUCAGGGAAACUUUGGUGUGCGAAAAAAAACAAAAAGAAACGGAAGAAAGUUUUAUAUAACGCCAAUAAAAAUGAUGAUUAUGACAAUGAGGAAAUCUUGACUUAUGAGGAAAUGUCACUUUAUCACCAACCAGCAAAUAGAAAACGGCCCAUUGUCCUGAUUGGGCCUCAGAACUGUGGCCAAAAUGAACUGCGGCAAAGGCUAAUGAAUAAUGAGGCAGACCGGUUUGCUUCUGCAGUUCCUCAUACGACACGGAAUAGGAGAGACAAUGAAGUAGCUGCCAGAGAUUACCAUUUUGUAUCACGACAAGCAUUUGAGGCUGAUAUAGCAGCAGGAAAGUUUAUUGAGCACGGUGAAUUUGAGAAGAAUCUGUAUGGUACCAGCAUAGACUCUGUCCGGCAAGUGAUAAAUUCUGGAAAGAUAUGUCUUUUAAAUCUUCAUACACAGUCACUGAAGAGCUUACGGAAUUCAGAUUUGAAACCCUAUAUUAUCUUCAUUGCCCCACCUUCACAAGAACGGCUUCGUGCGUUACUGGCCAAAGAGGGCAAAAAUCCAAAGCCAGAAGAACUGCGAGAAAUCAUAGAGAAAACCAGAGAGAUGGAGCAAAAUAAUGGCCAUUACUUCGAUACCGCAAUUGUGAAUUCUGAUAUAGAUAAAGCAUACCAAGAAUUACUCCGUUUAAUUAAUAAACUCGAUACUGAACCUCAGUGGGUUCCAUCAUCUUGGCUACGGUGAAGGACAACAAUUCCAAGGGAGAAGGGGACUUUGCUCAUAGAAGACUGCUCAUCCUUGAUAUUAGAUGACGGGUUAAGCUGUAGUCUGCACUGAUGCUCAGUGUAAUUUUUUUUAGAAAGUGUAGUCUGACACAAUUCUGCUGUGAUUUAGAAAGUCUGAACUUUCACUACAUUUCAUCAGAUGCAGACAUUCUGAACAAACCCCCGUGUUUUUAAUUUUUUGAAUAGUCUUUCAAGCAGCUGCUCUAAAUUUUUCUUUUCCUUCUAGAUAUUUGAUCUUAAACCAAGCAUUAAACAUUCUGAUCAUUAUAAAUAUUGGCUAUUUAAUUAACACUGUUAACUUUAUUAAGCUAUGGACAUGAUCAUAUAUUUUUAAGAGCACAACAGAAUACUGGACAAAAGGAAUUAAUUUACAAGGGGAAUAGAGGAAUUAAUCUGGAAGUUCACUUUUUACUGUAUAAAUGGGCUACUUUGAUAUAGAGUUGCCCUUAGUCUUGAAUUUGUUUUUAAUGAUGAAACAUUCCAUUAUCUAAUAGCACUGCAAUUUUUGAAAAUAUAUACAGUGUAAAUAUUCCAAACUUCUUUGUAUUUAGUUACUUUGUAAAUCAGGUUGGUAGCUUAUUAAAUAACACUAAGGCCCAUGAAGGUGAUAUAUGAUAUGUGUGUGUGUGAAAAGUUGAUAUUUUAGAUAUAUUUUAUGAUUUUUUUUUUCCUCUUGGCUGCCAUUUUAUUGGGAGUCAUUGUUGUCCCAUGGAAUUGUAGACAACUUUAGAAGGGAAGUUAUAUUUUUAUGAAAAUAGAUGUUCUUAUAUGAAUUUUUUUAAAGCCUUUGCUUCUUUACAAUGUAAAAUUGUAUUUUAUAAUCAAAAACAGAUUUUGGGAUCACAAGUAUUAGAGUUUUUCUUGUAUUUUUAUAUAUAGGUGCAAGAUAUCUCAUGGCUAUUUGUCAUGUAGGUAGUUAAUCGGAGUUAAUAUUAUUAAAUAACUAAGUCAUCACCCUAUAGUGAAAGAAUGGGGUGGAAAUAUUACUAAAUUGGGAAGAAGGCACAUUCUCUUUUCUAGAAUAAUCCCCCCUCUAUGUGCAAUUGAAGAUACCCAUGAAGGUUCAGAUAUGAUGGCUUUUGUCUCUAUGAAGCUUCUCCAAUUGUAGCUCAUUUAAACUGACUAGGUUUUUUUGCUUCUUUGUGGAUGGGGCCCUUGAAUGUGAAUAUUAAUAUUAGUUUUUCUUUGUUCUGUUAUAGUUUUUAUUUUUAUAUAUUGUCAUACACUGGAAUUUCAUCAAUGUAUGGUUGAGUGUACCGAACAGUGAAGAAUUGGUUGAUUUUUCUAAGAGUCAACAGAAAAAAUAGGCAAAUCUGACACUUUUGUGUUUGUAACUAAGCAUAGUAUACAUUGGUACACUGCAUGUAUACAGAAAAAAAUGCUUAAGAAUAGAAAUUCCUCAGUAUUAUCUGUUCCCCAUCAGAGUCAGAAAAAGUUCUGUGCAGAUUAUAUUCAAAGGGUCUUAAAAUACAUUUAUCAAGAUAUUAUAAAAUAACUUAACAAUGUGCCUCCAUCCAAUAAAGUGUUUGGGUACGAAUGAGAAAUUGCAGACAAUCCCCAAGUUACAAACAAGAUAGGUUCUGUAAAUUUGUCCUUAAGUUGAAUGUGUAUGUAAAUCCAAAUAGAUACAUUUUAAAGUGUAACUCCAGCCAAAAAUAUGUAUCUUUUAGCAUUGGAUAGCAUAGGGAAGGGCCAGCUCCCCUGUGGUGUUACUUUCGCUGUCUGUGCCUGUUCAGAAGAUUUCUCUUCACUUUCUGUCCCUGUGAUAAUUGGAUUUUGAAAAAAUUGGCUUGUUGUAGAAACAAAGCUUCAGUUGAGACACCUCUUUGAUGACAACUCUUUAACAACUGCAUUUCCCUUCCUCGGUUAUGGAAACAAGGAUUGGUGAUAAAGCUUCAGUGGUGAUACCUUUUUCCCAUAAUCCUUCCAGGAGUGAGUGAAUUGCCCUUCUGAGGAUAAUCCCACCUCCCACCCCCACCCCUGCGCGCGCGCACACACACACACACACACACACUUCCUGUUUUCUCACACCCAUUAUUAACUAUGAGUUGUUCGUAAAUCAGAUGUUUCUAACUUGGGGACUGCCUGCAUAUGAAAUAAUUAUGUAUCCUUACAUGUAUUAUCCUAAAACAUUUUUUCUCCAAUAGUCAACUUUGACUAGAAUGCAAGCCAUGAAGGUGAAAGUUGCAGUGUAUUUUUCUUUUGAUUUGAUAGAAAAGGGGUUCAGAUAAAUUGGGACCAUUCAGAUGCAGUUCAGGAAUGGGCUCUGGGAUUCUUCCUUCCCUUCUUUGUUAUGAGUCCCCACCCCAUUCCCUACUAGACUAACUACCAUUUUAUGUCUACACUGCCAACCAUGUUGAAGCCUUCCCCCUGGCAUUUGAACCAGUAUUGGAAGCAGUUUACAAACCCAAGGUUACAUAUUGCAUUGGCUAGCAUACACAAAGGUUAUGGUUGGUGUAGAUAUGAAUAAUUGUGGUGAAAGGUGGUAGAAUUUGCACACAAGAAUUUGCACAUAAAGAGACUAUGGAGAAAAGCACUACAGACCCUGAAAUAAGAUUUUGUGCUUGUACACUCACAUUGCAAUAGUGCCUGUGCAUUUUCAGGUUUAGUGCCUAAGUGGCGUCAAUUAGUUUUUAUUGUGCAAGCAUUUAUGUGAAGGAGUUGCACAAAGGAUUUGUAUUCGAGGAGGGGGAAUUAUAAUACACAUUACUGUCCUAGUCUUAACAAAUAAUAAGAGAAUUUUCAUGUUAUUGAGAAUGCAUUCUAGGACAGUAUGAGACACUGAAAUUGACACACCAAUACCUGUAUUGAAGAGUGACGUGCUUAAACAAUAAAUACAUUGUUUCCCUACUCAAA